UCAAAAAAUAAAGUUGGUGACAGUGCCCAUUUAAGUAUAAGGGAGAAUUUUUACUAUGUUGUGUUUCCUGUAAAAACUCAUCAGGAUCAUUUCAGAUUUUCAAUUUUGAGAUAAUGUUUUACCAUGAAUCCUUGUCCUACAUUCAAAGUUUACAACUGAAAUAACAAGAAUUUACCAAUGGUGGUCUUCAUUAUGUACAAUGCAUUGCUACAAAUAAGAACUACAAUUAUUGAGAUCAUCUCAGAUUGAAAGUAAAUGAUAGAAAAGAGACAGUGACAUAGAUACCUGGGCCAUUGUGUAAUAAUUAUUGACAUUGCAAGGGCAGAGAAAGAGGGCGGUGAGGGGAUUGGGUGAGAGCGCAUGAGCAGCAGCUAUAAAUACUAGUGCGAGUCAGGGAUGACCAGUGUAUUGGACACUGGAGAAGACAUCAGAGCACAAACCAUGAGUGGCUGUCCAUUUAUGAGAACAAGGAAUCCGUACACUUUCAGUGAGCUGUCUCUGGAAGAUAAAAAUGGGGACAAUGCCCAAGAAGGACUGAAUAAGGCCAGCAGAGGAGGACUGAUAUAUGGGGACUAUUUACAACUUCAUAAAGUGUUAGAUGCCCAGGAGCUACAGAGUGAAAAAAAGGGAAAUAAAAUCCACGAUGAGCACCUGUUCAUAGUCACUCACCAAGCAUAUGAACUUUGGUUUAAGCAAAUAAUGUGGGAACUGGAUUCUGUCAGAGAAAUUUUCCAAAACGAACACGUCAGAGAUGAAAGAAAUAUGCUGAAAGUUGUGACUCGUAUUCAUCGCAUUUCUAUGAUUCUUAAACUAUUGGUUGAACAAUUCUCAGUUCUAGAAACAAUGACGCCCAUGGAUUUCUAUGAUUUUAGGGAAUACUUGACACCUGCAUCUGGCUUCCAGAGCUUGCAGUUUCGACUGCUUGAAAAUAAAAUUGGUGUUCCAGAAAGUCUGAGAGUCCCAUACAAUAGACGCCAUUAUCGUGAUAAUUUUAAGGGAAAAGAGAAUGAAUUACUUCUUAAAUCUGAGGAGGAACCUACGCUUCUGGGCCUUGUAGAGGCAUGGCUAGAACGAACACCAGGAUUGGAGGAGGUUGGCUUUAAUUUUUGGGGAAAACUACAGGUCAAUAUAUUUCAAGGAUUAGAGGAGGAGAUCCAAAAGGCUAAGGCCAGACCAGAUUCAGAAGACAAAGAGGAACAGUUGGCAGAGCUUCAGAAACAAAAAGAAGUCUUUACAGCCUUGUUUGAUGAGAAACGACAUGAACAUCUUCUCAGCAAAGGAGAAAGAAGAUUAUCAUAUAAAGCAUUACAAGGGGCUUUGAUGAUAUAUUUCUACAGGGAGGAGCCACGAUUCCAGGUUCCAUUUCAACUCCUGACUUCUCUGAUGGACAUUGAUAUUUUAAUGACCAAAUGGAGAUAUAAUCAUGUUUGCAUGGUGCACAGAAUGAUAGGAAAUAAAACUGGAACUGGUGGUUCAUCUGGCUAUCAUUACUUGCGUUCAACAGUGAGUGACAGAUACAAAGUUUUUGUUGAUCUCUUCAACCUCUCAACCUUUUUGGUGCCAAGGCAUUGGGUUCCUCGACUAAACCCAAGCUUCCACAAAUUCCUGUACACUGCAGAAUGUUGUGACAGCUCAUAUUUUAGCAGUGAUGACUCUGAUUAAGGCUUCUGUAUAUAGCGGUUGUUUCUUUCUUUGUCAUUGCUUUCUAUUUUGUAUUGGUAAAAAAGAAAAGUUGUGCUGGUUGUAAUCUGGUUACACUUUUUUGCGGCAAAAGCAACAAAAGUCAAUUGUCAAUUGCUAUCUUUUGUAAUGCAUUGAUCACCUGGAAAAUAAAGACAUUGUACAGCAGUAAGGAUUAGUGCAGCUGUGGUAAGUAUUGUACGACAGCAGACUGCUUGUUAGAAGCAACAGCAACACCUGAAUGUCUGCAGCUACCUCCUAUCAAAGACUUCUAUGGGCAGCAGCUGUAACCUGAUCUCUCAGCAAAGCUGAAAAUCUUUCUCAUCUCUCUCUAGAUGUUUUUUUUAGCAAUAAAAUGAGAGUUUGUGUUUAGAGCAGGAUACAAAGAAGGGGAAGAGGAGUGUGAUAUAUGGAGAAAGAAAUUUCCCUUCAUAAGAUAUAUUACAGAGUUUCUUAUUUUUAAUAUUAAAGGGGUAUUCCAGGCCAAAACUUUUUUUUAUAUAUCAACUGG